GUCAAUUCGCGGUGCGGCCACACUGCUUGGUGGAUGGUUUGGUCGAAAAAAGUUGUUAAAAGCGCAGAAAAAACGACUUGUAAUGCAAGUGCUUCAGUGACUGUGAAAAAUGUCACCGAUUGAAGCCACUUCCUCGCAGCGAGUCGCACAGCAAUAACAAUCAACAAACCCAAGCGCCGAUGAUGUGAUGCAGCAGCAGAGGUCGGAGUUCGGAAACACAACCUUCGAGUAGUCUAGGCCACGUAGAAUCACCCGGAGAAUCACCACGAUGAGCUGGCUGCUGGGCCUGCUCGGCCUGCAGGCCCUGUUCCUCUGGCUCCUGUGGCUGCCCGGCGGGAUCCUGGCCAUCCCCACGCCGCUCAAGUUGCCAGGCUACACCCACAAGCUGACGCCCUACAUCAAGCACUGGGAGGCGGCGAACUUCGAUCGCGAGGUGCUGCAGGCGGCGCAGGUCAGGCACCUGGAACAGGCUCGCUUCCGGCAGAAGCGACAGGUGAGGCCAGAGACGCAGACAGAGGCCACCACCUCGGCGAGUGGACUGGCGCACACCAUCCGCUUGAAUUUCUCCGCCCACGACAGAGACUUCCGCCUGGUGCUGCGCCAACAGCCGCAUUCGGUGUUCGCCCACGACGUGGAGAUCGAGAACACCCUGGGUCCCAUCGACUACGAUGUGUCGCGCAUUUAUACGGGCAGCCUUGAGGAUGACGAGGCGGCCCAUGUCCAGGCCAUCCUCACUAGCGACAACUUGCUGGACGGGACGAUAGAGACCCAGGCGGAGCACUACUACAUCGAGCCGGCGCACAGAUACUCCCAGCAGCUGGCCGAGAGCGGUGUCCACAGCAUAGUCUAUAAGCUAAGUGAUGUAAAUAUGCAGAAGACGCAGUUCAGCGGCGGAGGCAUCAACUCCGCCACACCCGCCAAGACGCACUGCGCCAGCGAGAAGCUGCGGAAGAAGCGUUGGCUGCCAGAGGAGCUGGCCAUGUCGGACGCCCCGGCGCCCACGUACAAUCGCAAUCCGCCCCUGCCGCUGGAUCUGGAGGUGCCCUACAAUGAUGACUUCCGCGUCCUGGCCUCCGAGGAGGACAAGAGCGAGGAGGCGCCCAGCAGGAAGUACCCAACCACCUCCACCACCAGGAGCACGGUGCGCAGUACGGAGAGCUUCCUGGCCACGCUGACUAAGCCCACGUCGAAUCGCAACAUACUUGUAAAUAACUACAGUCCCUCCAAUGUCGGCGAGGGAAGUCGCAGCUACAACAAUAAUAACAACAACAACAACAACAAUAAUAAUAAUAAUAAUAGUAACAACAAUGUGCGGAAGUUGUACACGAAGCACAAGAACAUCAUUGUGAGCACGUACAACCGACCCAUCGAGCCGGAAUUCGGAACGCCCUACGAGGAACCGACGAGCAACAACGGCACCCGCGACCUGCCCAGUAACUUCUUCAAUGCCAACUGGACGACGCUCUUCCUGGGAAACAACAACAAUGGCAACGACCGACCCAGCCACAAGACGCAUGUGGAGAUCAUCACGAAGAACGGGGCCACCAAGAAGCCGAAUAUCAUUGUGAACAACUACAAUCCGGAGAUCAUAUUCGCCCCCAAUCCGCACAAUCCUAGCUUCAACAGUAUGCUGAUGACGAACCUGCUGAGCGGAAGGGGCGGCGACGAUAUCCACAGUUCUCCCAGGCUGCUCUACGACCGCAAGACCACGUGCAUGCUGUACCUGCAGGCGGAUCACACGUUCUUUCAGAAAAUGGGCUCCGACGAGGCCUCUAUUGAGGCCAUCACUCGCCACGUGCAGCGGGCCAACACGAUCUACCGGAACACGGACUUCAACAACGAUGGGAAACCGGAUAACAUCACCUUCAUGAUCAAGCGCAUCAAGGUGCACAACAUGAACGCGAUGAAGGAUCCCAGCUACCGGUUCCCAGGGAACUACGGAGUGGAAAAGUUCCUGGAACUGUUUUCGGAGGAGGACUACGAUGCCUUUUGCUUGGCCUACAUGUUCACCUACCGCGACUUCGAGAUGGGCACUUUGGGUCUGGCCUGGACGGGUGAUCUGAAGAACGCUGGCGGAGUUUGUGAGAAGAAUGGCCAUUACAGGGGUUCCCUCAAGUCCCUAAAUACGGGAAUAGUCACUCUGUUGAACUAUGGGAAGCAUGUGCCACCUGCCGUCUCCCAUGUGACAUUGGCCCACGAAAUUGGCCACAACUUUGGCUCUCCGCACGAUCCGGAGCAGUGUACGCCUGGUGGCGAGGAUGGCAACUUCAUCAUGUUCGCCCGCGCCACUUCGGGUGAUAAGAAGAACAACAACAAGUUCAGCACCUGCUCGCUGAAAUCGAUAGAGCCCGUGCUGAAUGCCAAGGCACGUUCCAUGAAGGGAUGCUUCACCGAGCCGCAGUCCUCGAUUUGCGGCAAUGGCGUGGUGGAGGCGGGCGAGCAGUGCGACUGCGGCUGGGAGGAGGACUGCAAGGACUCGUGCUGCUUCCCCAUGUCCAGGCAGCCGCGCCUCGACGAGACUCCCUGCACCCUGACGCCGCAUGCCCGCUGCAGCCCUUCGCAAGGACCCUGCUGCACCAACGAUUGCAAGCUAAGGUUCGGCGACAAGUGCCGGGAUGACAAUGGCUGCCGGGAUCCUUCGUUCUGCGAUGGCCGAGUGCCCCAGUGUCCGCCGUCGGUAAACAAGCCCAACAAGACCAUUUGCAACAAGGAGUUCGUGUGCUACAUGGGCGAUUGCACGGGCAGCAUUUGCCUGGCCUACGGCCUGGAGUCGUGUCAGUGCAUCCCGAGUCCUCAGGACGACCGCAUCAAGUCCUGCGAGCUGUGCUGCAAGCUGCCGGGCGAGGACAGUCCCUGCCGCAGUUCCUUCGAGUGGAACGAGGCGCCCUUCGAUGUGCCCGACAUGUUCUCGAAGCCGGGAACACCGUGCAAUGAUUAUAAUGGCUACUGUGAUGUCUUUCAAAAGUGCCGCGAGGUGGAUCCCUCGGGUCCACUGGCCACUUUGCGCAAGCUCCUGCUUUCGGAGGAGAGCAUAGCCAGCUUCAAGAAGUGGAUGCAGCACAACUGGUACACAGUAGCCCUGGCUGCUGUGGGUGUAAUCCUACUCCUGGCGCUGAGCACAAAGCUGCUGGCGAAACGGUCGAAUCAGAAGCUUAAGUCCGUCACCAUCAUACACAGCGCCACCACGGAGACAGUGCGUCUGCCGGAGAACAACAACGGGGUGAUAGUUCACACCGCCGUGAGGACGAAGGUACCUUUUAAGAAGAAGGUUCGUGGCGAGCGAACAAAGAAACCAGGAACGGGAACGACAACUGGAGCUGGAGUAACAACCACAGCUGCAAUUGGAUCCCGAAGUGCAGCCAAAAUUAGUGCCAACCCGGAGGCCAAGAAGACCACACGAUCGCAGGCUAUGGCCAAGAAGAAAUCCCUCGAGGAGGAGCCCAAGAAGUCCAAUAAGAAGCUGGGCAAGCACAUGAAGGAGAUCAUCGACUACUCGCACCGAAACAACGGCGAUGAUGCCUCCAACCUGUCCACCACCAACAACCAUACCAACACCUUUGGCAAGGUGCAGAAGUGGCUGCUGGAAUCGCCCAUUGUGGCCCAGCCCUUGUCCCACAUUGAGCACAGUUCGCGGGUUCGCAAGGUGAUGAGCAAGUCGCAGUCUACGCCAGAGCGACUGGUCCAAAAGACACCGCAGAAGACCAAGUCCAUGGGCAAUUUGUCCAACGAGAAGGUCAAACUGCAGGUGGUCUACAAGCCGCCCUUCAAGUUCUCCCUCAGAUUGUCCAAGAAACCGAAAGUGAAAACCCAUGUGGUGACCGGCGGCGUGGGUGGAAGGCCAAAGAGAAGCCAAAAGACUGGCAACCGAACUGCAGGACAAUCCUCUUCGAAGGAUGUGGCCGCGCGAGCUAAAAGGACUGCCCUGCUCCUCUGCAACGAGGCGGAGGAUGACAACCAGAUCCUCACCCUCAACGAACCCAACUACGAGACCUUGAAGCCACCGACGCCUCCGCGUUCCAUGGAGCAUUGCUACGAGAACGUGGACAUGCAGGCGGAGGCCUCCACUUCGAAGCCUAGUAGCAGCAGCAAGGUGGCGCCCAGCUCACAGAAUCGAGCCAGUCUGGAGGUGGCUCCUCCGCCCGUUCCUGCCCAAAGGAACUCCUAUCGCCGCUCCAACUCCCUGUCCACCCACAAUCCCUUUGCGGCUGCUCCUCGCCGAAGUAGCAGCAAGGCCAGUGGAUCGGUCAACCUCACGCGAAACUUUGGUAGCACUCAGAAUCUGAUUAAUCUCAGUCAGAACUUGUCCAAAACCAAGAAGCGCAGUAGUCUGAACCUGAAGCCCAGUGGCAGUGGAGCCACCAGGAGCGGGAAGGACACGCCCACUGCCGCAGUAGCUUCGCCCCAGCGGCGUUCCUCAUCCAAUGCCAAUCUUCGCAGGGACAGCAGCGUGUCCUCCUCCAAGGCAGUUCCUGUUCCACCGACCAGGAACACGCGGAAUAGCUUCAGCAACAUUCCCAGGGCCAGUUUGGGCGGGGGAGGGGGAGGAAACAGCAGUGCUGCUGCGCCACCGCCAAGUUUCUCUCGCCAAUCUUCCAGCAGCACAGCCACCAGCAGCUCCUCCAUGACUCCAGGCUUGAGCAGCGGCGGGGCGUUGCAGCAAUCAGCCAGCACCAGCGCCAUGCAGCGGCCACCACCCUCGCAGCCCGUGAGGAGAAGCCUGCAGAACUUCAGGAGCCGCUCCACGGGAGGCACUGCAGCCACAGCCGGAAAGCCAGGAGCAGCAUCCACCUCUGCAGCAUCCCCUGCGACAGCAGCUACAGCAGCAGCAACGUCAAAUGACAGCAACGAGCUGCCCUCGGACCUGGAGGUGGUUGUGUCCGAUGUGGAGAACCUGGUUAGCUAAGGGCAGCUCACCCGAUCCAGUUUCCAAAACCAACCAAGUGAAAGUGAUAAGUCUUAAUGUUAGUUAUACAAAUUGUCGCAUAGGUUUACUUGCAUAACAUAUAUAUAUAUUUGUACAUACAUUAUAUAUAUGUGUACUUUACACUGCCUUAAACUUGCCGUUUCUGCUGAAUGUGUGAAAUACCACGCCCACUCACACGACAGACACUCAACCGCAUUCCACACACCCAUCAAUCCCCGACCAAGGCUCGCCCCAGCACCUCGAACGCCUCACCGCCCACUAGGCACCCAGCCGCUUACCAGUCACCCACUCACCCACUCGCCCAAUGAAGCCACCGCAGUCCAAACCGCAGUCGCACUCACCGCACUUUGUACCUUCAACUGUUUACUGUUUGUAUUGCAUUGUAUUGAGUAAACUAACUCGCUGGUUCCGGUCUCCGGAUUCGAUCAAAUUGGGUGUACUUCAUAAUAUUUCAAUCUAAAUCUUAUUUAAUUUGGAUCCAUUUUCCAAAAUAUCACUUUUUCAUCAAAGUCUCAUGGAAAAUCCUAUAAAAUUGAACUAAAAAUAUUGAUACACUACGAUUAUAAUACGCUUUGAUACACCAAUUUUAUCAAAUUCGGAACUGACAACCGGGCAUGCUAUCAGUUAUUAAAUUUCGAGUUGAUCCCUAUAGUACUCACGAGCUUUACUUCAAAAAGAACUCACACUUCCAUCGUUACCAACGAUAAGCACUCGGAAUUACUUAACUGAUCUUGUGCCAAAACCCUCUUAUUUGUUCAAGUUAUUUUCAAAGCAGUAUUACUCAAGUUGUUAUGUACCUACUAUAUACUUAAAUUGCCUAGUUUGCCUGCUCUUCAAGUUUCGAACAACGAUCACUACUCAUCUGAACUACGACGAACACACAGAACAAUACAAGGUGCUAUUUUAGUAACGAACUAAAGCGAUAAAUACUAGCCGAUAUCAUUUUAAAAUCCUUUGCAUAUUUUCUCAAGAUCAAAACUAAGAUUAAAGAGGAGAAUCGAGGAAGAUGGAGGAGGUUUGGAGCAGAAGUAGCAAGUAGCUUAUAGGAAAAACAAAAAGGGGAGCCGGGUAAAGUUGCAAAUAGUUGUACGGAAUAGAUACAAAGAUAACCAACGAUACUACUGUCAAUAAAUCAAAAGCGUCAUGCAUCGAACGUAGGUCUUAGAGAAUGCCCAGCCAACCGCGUAGAGAGUUAGCCACCCGAACAUAGACACUAAUCCACCCGAUCCCCUCGAGCACCGGCACCUGUAAACACACUCGCAUCGGACCCACAGGAACGCCCGUAGAAGAAAGCCUGUAGUGUACAUAGGACAUCGAAGGGACGUAGUUUUUAUAGGCAACACCAGGCUAGAGCAGUGGAACACCUAACGAUAUGCAUACACACAUAGGAUAUAGGCUCUCACAUUCCGUAUCGCAUCACAGAGCAGCGGCUUUCGAGUUACACCACACCACACUAUCGAUCUUUAGGCCCUAAGGAUAACAAUUGAUAUUUGUAGCUAUAUGAAUGUGUAGGAAAAUCAAAGGCGUAUCAAAAAUAUAUAUACACACAUCCAUGCGGGGCGUGCAAUAGCCAUUGCAGCUUUACGAGCAUUUGGGUAUAUUUUUGUGGAAUAUACAAGAUACAGAUACAGUUACAGUUACAAGAUAGGAGACAAGGGCUCAGCUCAAGAAACCGACAACCGACCCAAGAUAUCGUAUCUAGACAGACAGACAGUUAACGCGUUGGCCAGUGAAGGAACGGGAACGGAAAUAGUUAGAACGAGUACGCGACAAUCGCUUUGAAAUGCUUAAAAAAAACAAAAAUAAUGGUAAACUUGGAAAUCCAUUUAAAGUUUAGUUUCCUCUUUGUCUUGAGUACGUAUUUCAAUAUGAAACUAUACAGAAUAAAGGCAGGCAAAGGUGUUGAAAUUUACCAAAAAAAAAAGAUAACACUAGGAAUCACAAAGAAAAUACACUGGGUUGGGACUACGUACUCCUAAUAGGUUUUAGUAAGAACAUGCGAAUUCUAGACAAGAUAUUUCAGAUGCUUGAGCUCAAAUUGGAAAAAGAAGAUAUUCUAGGGCUAUCUACUCCCAUCCUGUGUAUUUGCGAAGGUCAAAUUUUAUUACCCAGUGUAAUUAUCGAGUUGAGAAGGAAGGAACCUUUUGAACAUUGCCAAUGUUGUGUACUGUAUAUAAUAAAUGCAAACGAUUAUUGUCUAAGCGGAAGGGACGAGAGUAUUUUGAGCGUGACAAAAAGACUAUUUAGCGCGAAAUGAACAAUUUUUGUGUAAUGUACAUAAGAAACCGAUUGAUUUUAAUCUAACAUAUACAUAUAUAAUAUUAAUGUAAUUGUAAAACUGCAAACGAUUUUUAAAUCUGUAUGUGUAUUGUGUACCUCAAUUGUAAUUAAUUUUUUGUAUACUUUUCACGAGAUGGAUUAACGCUAUUUUUAUAAUUUAGCUAAAUGAAUCAUAAACACGUACCCCCACGAAACCAUCGUCUACCCCCUAGUUAAUGGCCAGUUUUAAGUGUUGUCCAAGACCGCCUCACUACCCAUCCAAGAGAACCUACAUGAAUGCAUAUGUAAUUCUGUCAAUUAGGAACGCGUAAAUGUCUUAAGCAAAUCGAAACCGAAAGGGAAACAAAAACGAAACGAACAAAACAAAAACCGAAGAGCAAAGAAGUGAAUACUAGCAUUUUACGAUCUAAUAAUUUUAAUGGCAAUUCAAAACAAUAAUUAAUGUAUGUACUAUGAUUAGCGAACGAACAAGCACAUGUGUGACAAUUCAGUUGUACUUUACGUUACGAUUACUACAAUACUUUAUUUAUUAAUCUUAUGGCUAGGCAGCAACACACGAGUGUAACUAAUUUUUAACCCGAACAAACACACACAUAUGCGAUACUUUAUAAUUUCCUCAUUUUAAGCAAAAUUCAAUUAACAAUAAAAACGAAACUAAUACUUAA